UGCUGCAGUCAGUGGGUCCCUGUUAAGAAGAAAGAAAGAAAACCCGAGAUUUGCUUCUUCUGACAUUUUUUCAAGAAUACCGGAUAAGUCUUAUCCAGUCUUGUCAGCAUGUCAGCUGCCACCUGUCUGCUGUCUGAAGAGCACUUUCUGUGCUCCAUCUGCCUGGAUGUGUUCACCACUCCGGUCACCAUAAUGUGUGGACACAACUUCUGCAAAAACUGCAUCACUCAAAACUGGAGAAUCAAUAGAAAAAUACAGUGCCCCCUUUGUAAAAAGCUUUUUGACACAAGACAUGAGCUGCAUGUCAAUAUUUUCAUAUCUGACAUGGUUGCUCAGUUCAGACAGUCAGCGGUGAAGAAAGCCACGGAGGAAGCCAAACCAGGAGAGGUUCCCUGUGACAUCUGUACCGGGCUCAGAACAAAGGCUAUCAAGUCCUGCCUGGUCUGUCUGGCCUCGUACUGUGAGACGCACCUGGAGCGACAUCAGACGGUGUCUGGACUGAAAAGACAUACGCUCAUUGAGCCUCUGGGUAACCUAGAAGACAGGGUGUGCACAAAGCACGACAGACUCAUGGAGCUGUUCUGCAAGACUGACCAGAUGUGUGUGUGUCAGUUUUGUACUGAGUCAGAUCACAGGUUGCACGAUGUUGUUCCUCUAAAAGAAGAAUGCGAAGGAAAGAAAACUGAGCUGAGGAAGAUAGAAUUUCAGCAGAUGGUCCAGGACAGACAGCUGAAGAUACAGGAGCUCACACAUUCAGCAAAGCUCAACAAGGAAGCCGCUGACAAAGAGACAGCAGAGGGCGUGGAGGUGUUCACUGCUCUGACUGAGCUUGGAGAGACAGGCCUGACUGAGCUCAUGGAUCAGAUCAAAAGGAAGCACGAAACUACAGCAAAACAAAGUGAAGAUUUGAUCAGAGAACUGGAUCAGGAGGUCUCCGAGCUGAUGAAGACAAACGCUGAGGUGAACCAGCUCUUAUGCUCUGGUGAUCACUUCCACUUCCUCCAAAGCUUCUCCUCCCUGAACGCCUCUCUACCCACUAAGCACUGGACAACAGUCACCCUCCGACAGCCAUCGUAUGAGGGAACUGUGGCAAGAGCUGCGGCUCAACUUCGGGAGACACUCAACAAAGGGAUGGAGAAGCUGCUUGAAGCUGAGCUGAAGAGGGUGCGGCGGUAUGCGGUGGACGUGGCUCUUGAUCCUGACACAGCACACCCUAAACUCCUUCUGUCCGACGAUGGGAAACAAGUAAAUCACAGGGAUGUAGAGCAGAAUCUCCCAGACAAUCCAGAGAGAUUUUCAUAUUGUGUCAUUGUCUUGGGAAAGCAGAGUUUCUCUUCUGGCAGAUUCUACCAUGAGGUCGAAGUUAAAGGAAAAACUAAGUGGGAUUUGGGAGUGGUCAGCGUGUCGGCCAAUAGGAAAGGAGAAAUUGUAUCGAGCCCGGAGGCUGGUUACUGGACUCUGCAGCUGAGGAAUGGAAAUGAGUACGUAGCUCUCGCUGACCCUGAUGUCUUCCUCUCUUUGAAAUCGCGGCCUCAGAAGGUGGGAGUGUUUGUGGAUUACGAGGAGGGUCUGGUCUCCUUCUGUGACGUUGAUAGCGCGGAUAUUAUCUACUCCUUCACUGCCUGCUCCUUCACUGAAAAACUCUACCCAUUCUUCAGUCCCUGUUUUAAUGAUGGUGGUGACAACUCUGCCCCUCUCAGGAUCUCUGAUGUUCAUAAAACUGACUGAAUCAGGCAUUUUUUUCCCCAGAAUUGAUUUCUUGUCAUUUACGCAUACCCUCAUCAACACCACUCAUCAUGUGUUGAUUUUAAACUGGAUGUUAUUUAACACUAGAACCAUAUAUAGGUGGACAAUGCAGUAUUUUUCAUACAGUCAAUGUUUUGAUUGGGUCAGGUUUGCAUUUGUACACUAAGAAGCUAGAUGUUUCAACCAUUUAUCAUUUAGAUUUAUUUAUAUUUAUUUAACAGACUCUUCGUCAAUGUAUGUUCAGGUACUGUGGACAUGUUUUUAAUGAAAUAAUAAUUUAAGUGUUUCUGUUGUUCUUUUUAGAAAUGAUUUGAGCUUAUUAUUUAUUCCUUGGCAACUGCAGAAGCAAGUUCAUUUGAAACCAUCGAUCUGUUGAGGUGGUUAUGCAAGGCUGUGGCCUUAUUCAAAUCUAAUCUCCAAAAUAAGACUUAAAUACAUCAAAAUAAGACUUAAAGAGUUAUGAAUCAAAAAAGUUGAAACUUAAACUAAAAAAUGUUUUAUUUUUGUCAUUUGAAUAGAAGAAAACAACUUGAAAAUUAUUUUUCCUCUUUAUGCUAAGGGUUGAUUGACCUGGGGUAUACUGUAUGUUAUCCCAGUGGAGAUACACGACAAUACAAUCAGAAAGCUGUAAGUAGGUGUUUUAUGGAAUAUAUUGGGUUUUUAUUUCUGUUAAUGUGUAUUUAUUUUAUAUGUUCUGGUAAUCAGCUUUGGUUUAUUAGGAUGGACUGCAAUUUCCAUUUUUUUUAUAGAUGAAUAAACUGACCUUGAAUAGCCAACAGAUGGCACUCAUUUGUCACAUUACAAUAGCAAGUUACCUCAACGCUGAUAACCAUUCAGCAAACAGAGCCAGACAGUCCAGCUUUCAUGGAUGCCACUUCUAUUUAACUCUCCUCUGAGCAGGUAAUACGUCUUCAGAAUAAAGUGUGUGAACCAAGCAA